CAAAAUGUUGUGCUUGUACAAAUUUUGAGUUUUUUGAGAAAACCCCAAAGAAGUGAGGCCCACGAAUGGAAGAAGGGUGAGAUCUCAGGACAUUCACAGAGUCAUCUCCGAUAGUUAUGUAUGUCUACCGGACAGGCUCGUCGUACACUCCAAUUUUAGAAAAAUAGGCAGGAAUCGGAGAUAUGUAUCAAUGGAGAAAAUUCGAUUUCUUCGAGGAGAAGUAUGCGGGAAAAUUGCAGUGCUCUGAAGAGAUAACGGGGAAGAUCGAAUGCUGCUCCGGCGGAAGAGGCAGGAUAGUCUUGGGCUGCGACGACGGCUCCGUUUCUCUUUUGGAUCGAGGCCUUAAGUUCAACUACUCCUUCCAAGCUCACUACUCAUCUGUCCUCUUUCUUCACCAGCUUAAGCAACGGAAUUUCUUGCUAACAGUUGGGGUAGAUGAGCAAAUAUCUCCUCAGGCAUCAGCUACAUGUCUUAAAGUUUUUGACCUCGAUAAGACACAAGAAGAAGGGUCGAGUGCAUCAACUCCUGAUUGUGUUCAAAUUUUGCGGAUAUUCACCAAUCAGUUUCCCGAAGCAAAGAUCACUUCUUUUUUGGUAAUAGAGGAAGCUCCUCCUAUAUUAUUCAUUGCUAUCGGCUUAGACAAUGGUUGUAUAUAUUGCAUCCAAGGGGAUAUAGCACGGGAGCGUAUAAAGCGGUUCAGACUCCAGGUAGAUAGUCAUUCCAAUAAAACCCAUGCUUCCAUUACUGGCCUUGGAUUUAGAGCAGAUGGACAGGCCCUCAUGUUGUUUGCUGUAGCUCCAGAAUCUGUUAGCAUAUUUAACCUCCAGACUCAACCACCUAGCCAGCAAACUCUUGAUCAGAUUGGAUCUUCUGUUUCUAGUGUUGCAAUGACUGAUCGCUCGGAGUUGAUAAUCGGUAGACCAGAGGCUGUAUACUUCUAUGAAAUUGACGGUCGGGGUCCUUGUUGGGCAUUUGAAGGAGAGAAGAAGUUCCUUGGCUGGUUCCGUGGAUACCUUCUUUGUGUUAUUGCUGAUCAAAGAACUGGGAAAAACACUUUCAAUAUUUAUGAUUUGAAGAACCGGUUAAUUGCUCACAGCGUGGUGGUAAAUGAUGUUUCGCAUAUGCUUUGUGAAUGGGGUAACAUAGUUCUCAUAAUGGAAGAUAAAUCUGCUUUAUGCAUUGGUGAAAAGGAUAUGGAGAGUAAGCUAGAUAUGCUUUUCAAGAAGAAUCUUUAUACUGUUGCUAUUAACCUAGUCCAGAGUCAACAAGCUGAUGCCGCUGCCACAGCUGAGGUGCUGAGGAAAUAUGGAGAUCAUUUAUAUAGUAAACAGGAAUAUGACGAGGCUAUGGCUCAAUAUAUUCACACCAUUGGCCAUCUGGAGCCUUCAUACGUCAUACAGAAGUUCUUGGAUGCACAACGAAUCUACAACCUUACCAAUUACUUGGAGAAGUUGCAUGAAAAAGGGCUUGGUUCGAAAGACCAUACAACCCUGUUGUUGAAUUGCUAUACUAAACUGAAAGAUGUUGAGAAGCUAAAUGUAUUCAUUAAAUGUGGGGAUGCAGUUGGGGAACAUAAGUUUGAUGUGGAAACUGCAAUAAGGGUAUGUCGAGCUGCAAAUUAUUACGAACAUGCGAUGUAUGUUGCCAAGAAGACUGGGCGACAUGAAUGGUACUUAAAGAUCUUGCUUGAAGACCUUGGUCGAUAUGACGAAGCGUUGCAAUAUAUUAAUAGUCUUGAACUGAGUCAGGCCGGGGUGACGGUUAAAGAGUAUGGGAAAAUUCUUAUAGAGCACAAGCCCACCGAAGCAAUUGAGAUACUGAUGAGGCUUUGCACAGAAGAAGGCGAAGCCAGCAAGAAGGCCUCCACUAGUGUUACAUAUGUUUCCAUGUUGCCAUCUCCCAUUGAUUUUCUUAAUAUUUUCGUCCACUACCCACAUUCACUCUUGGAGUUCCUUGAACAAUAUACAAGUAAAGUUAAGGACUCACCUGCUCAAGUGGAAAUACAUAACACACUUUUGGAACUAUACUUGUCUCAUGACCUUGACUUUCCAUCAAUUUCACAGACUAGUAUUGGUAGAAAUGGAAAUGCUAGAGCAGAAUUGCCAUCUGCUCCCAAAGCAGGAGUUAAUGGGGGGAAAAUUAUGAAUACGAAAGAGGCAAAUGAAGAAAAAAGUCACCACGAAAGACGUAAGAAGGGACUGAAAUUGCUUAAGAGGGCAUGGCCUUCUGAACAAGAACAACCUCUAUACGAUGUUGAUCUUGCCAUAAUUUUGUGUGAAAUGAAUGGCUUCAGGGAAGGAUUGCUAUUUAUUUAUGAGAAGAUGAAACUCUACAAAGAGGUAAUUGCAUGCUACAUGCAGGCGCAUGAUCAUGAUGGUUUAAUUGCUUGCUGCAAGAGACUCGGUGACUCGGAAAAAGGUGGUGAUCCUUCUCUUUGGGCAGAAGUAUUAAAGUACUUUGGUGAACUUGGGGAAAACUGCUCCAAAGAAGUGAAAGAAGUAUUAACUUAUAUUGAAAGGGAUGAUAUCUUGCCUCCCAUUGUUGUUCUUCAGACUUUGUCGAGAAAUCCGUGCCUUACACUUUCCGUUAUCAAAGACUAUAUAGCUCGUAAGCUGGAACAAGAGUCCAAGUUGAUUGAAGAAGAUAGGAGAGCUAUUGAAAAGCAUCAGGAAGAGACUUCCACAAUGAGAAAAGAAAUCCAAGAUCUUAGGACCAAUGCCAGAAUAUUUCAGCUCAGCAAAUGCACCACUUGCACAUUCACACUCGACCUUCCUGCUGUCCAUUUCAUGUGUAUGCACUCCUUCCAUCAGCGUUGCCUUGGCGACAAUGAGAAAGAAUGCCCAGAGUGUGCUCCAGAGUACAGAGCUAUUAUUGAGACAAAGAGAAGCUUAGAGCAAAGCUCUAAAAGCCAAGAUCUCUUCUUCCAGCAGGUUAAAAGUUCAAAGGAUGGAUUUUCAGUUAUUGCAAAAUAUUUCGGGAAGGGGAUUAUCAGCAAAACUAGCACCAAUGGGAUUGCUGAUAAGCCAACCAACCCUCCUCCCAUUAACGAGUUUUGAAGUUUCAAUCCACCAAUUUUUCUUGAAAAAUUUAAUGCACGCCGCGACAAGUAUAGAGAAUGGUACAUUCUCCAUAAGAAUGUCACGGGUACGUGUGAAGAUCACAUACACUUGCAACAUAGCUGGAUCGCUUCGGAUCACCCUACUUGUGGUAUAUGUUAAGUUGAUCUUUGUUGCUGGGUUUGCUUCUUAAAAACUUGAUGUUUGCUGUAGAGUGCCACUUGGUGUUUGUUUCUCUUGAAGUGUACAAUCCUGGUUUGAUGGAAACCUAAAAUUCCAAAAUUCAUGUUAGGAAAUUGUCGUUUAUUUCUACUAUUC